UACGUAUUCUGAAAACAUGGCUGCCAAUUGUUUGGAAUCUCCUAGCACACAAGUUAUACAUACGUACAGAUGGAGGAGACUUUAGGCUGCCUGUAAGAUCAAACUGCCAUGGUUAAGUAACCAUCGACAAUGUCCAGCCCUAGUGCCAAGCCGGACAUUGGCAGUAAGGUGCUACCUGGAGACAAGUCGGGGCUUCCGUAUGAAAUUUGGAGGAUCAUCCUGUCUUACCUUUCAGAAGAUGACCUGUGUCGUAGCUCCUGUGUGUGUAAAACCUGGAAUGACCUCAUCGUCAGUCUGGACAACACCAGAUGGCGGGAGCUAUACCUUCAGUGUGUUGACUGGAAACAUCCCUACUGGCCACUCAACACCAAAUCAGAGCCGUCGUCAUGGAAACAGGCCUAUAAAGAACAGUUCAUAUCCUCAAGGUUCUGGGUACGGACACAGAAAGAACCUGAUGCUGCCACCUGUCUAUACGUCUUAAAACGUCGAAAGGAAAGAAAGACGAUACACGUCGGACGAGGAAAAGAACAUGCUACAUUGAAAAGUGCACUUGCUGUCGCACGAGAGUAUGAUAGAAUUGUGGUGCACCCUGGGAUUUACGACGAGCAGUUUGAAAUGUCGUCAAAGAUUCCGUUUGAGUUGGUUGGAGAGGGGGAGCUUGGGAGUGUGAUUCUAGUUGUUUGUAUUGAACAAAUCGCCAUUACAGGGCGUGUCAGUAAUCUUGUGUUCAGAGCACCAUGGUUCACAAACUUUAUACUAAAGGUGCGGUCCGGCUACCUUCAGGUAGACAAUUGUAUUUUGGAGGAUGGCAUGGUCUAUGUUCAAAACCCAGGAACAUGUCACCUCAAGUUCUGUACGCUACGCCAUGCCACAGUCAUCCUUCAGUAUGUGAAUGCAAGCGUUAUUGAGAAUUGUGAGUUUUCCCAAACUGACUCAGCGGCCAUUACAGUGGAGGGCUAUCCUCGUGAGGAAAAAAACUGGACUUAUGGAUAUUUGAUGGAGAAAAUCGUAAGUGCUUGUGAAAUUUCGCAAACACGACGUAAUCCUAAGGGAGAACCAGUGCCAACUUCUGCUUUCUCUUCAUCCACGACUUACACAACCAAUCAAAAACAUUCAGAGAAAUCAUGUGACUCUAAAACAGACAAUGCCUCCUUUCAACCAAGUUUUGGAGGAAGAAGUGUAAGUGGCUCAGCAAAGUUUUCUCAAGUUCAUUCAGAAUUUACAGAGAAGCCGAGUUCAAAUGUUCAUUUAUUCCGUAGUUUGUCAAAUAAGGAGCAACUUUACUUGAAAGAAUCACCUAGUUCGGAUUUAGUUAGCUUUACAGAGGACUUAUCUAAUGUAGAAUCUCAUAGAAAAAAUUCCAAAGCAAGUUCAAUGGAUGGGUUAUUGAACGUUGGAAACCCUCAACCAUGUACCUCAAAUGUUCUGCAGGAUUCUUCCUCGCACCAACCUACGAAUUCCCAUGGACUAACAAUCACUCAACAUUAUGCGUCGUCGGUAUCUGAACCUGUUCAUCAGGGACAGGCUCCUCUCGCUACACAACAAAAUGGUGAACAGCCGGCUGACCCAGUUAUCAAUAAUGAACUGCAGUUAAAUAUACGACGAGAUUCCUCGGAUAGUGGGUCAAGGUCGCCUUUGUCAAUGAUUAGUGGCAGUGACCUAUUUGACGGGGAUGACGACAGCAUUGGAAGAUAUGAUUCAGGAUCAGAACAUUCAAUUCCAGGCAUAAGUACAAGCAGUAGUGACGAAGGCCCAAUUUCUGAUGGGGAAAGUGAUUUUUCAUCGAGCGAGGAGUCUGUGAUCAUGCUGUCCUAUCCUGAGCAUCAGUUGCCCCGGUCCGUCUCUGCUUCAUGCAGUCUCAACACUGAUGAAGAUGUCAUCUCAAUAUCAAGUCAAAAUGAAUCGGAGCAUAUCCCUAUUGUCCAUGAUGAUGCCAUGCAAAAAGUUCUGGAUGAAGUACGAGGCUGCCUCAUACGACAUUGUCGAAUGAGUCAAUGUAAAGGUGGAGCGAUGGUUAGUCUGCAGGCUCAGGCAGUCAUCUCGCACUGCGACCUCAGUAGUCUUGGUUAUGGGGUCAGAUGUAUCCAGAAUGCAAAGAUUGUUUUGGUCAACAGUGAGAUUCAUCAUAGUCGGACAUCUGGAGUGUUCAUGAGGUUGGCAGCCUCUGGGCUCAUUGCUGGGAACGACAUACAUUCUAACUGUGAGGCUGGCAUUGACAUCAGGAAAAACGCGGACCCUAUUGUACAGAGUAACAGAAUCCAUCAUGGGAAGCGGUCAGGUGUGGUGGUGCUGGGAAGUGGGCGGGGCCACAUCAACAACAACGAAAUUUACCAAAACAAGGAGGCAGGAGUGUACAUUUUAUAUCGGGGCAGUCCUGUGGUUUGCAAAAACCAGAUCCAUGGUGGGAAAGCAGCAGGGAUCGCCGUUAAUGAAGGGGGGCGUGGCUAUGUCAUAGACAACGUCAUUACUGGUAACCAGUGGGGAGGUGUUGACAUAAGAAAGGGAGGAGAUCCUGUCAUUACGCAAAAUGUCAUCACAAAUGGACUGUCUGAUGGUAUUGUCAUCGGGGAAAAGGGGCGUGGCAGUGUGGAAAACAAUGUUAUAUCUGGAAAUUCAGGAUGUGGAGUUUGGAUAACUGCAGCCUGCCAACCGAUGCUCCAUGGCAAUCAGAUAAACGACAACGGUGAUGCUGGGGUGACGUUUGUUAACAAAAUGGAUGCAGCUCAUGAAGCUGACACUUUGGGGAUGAACCGAAAUGACAUGCACACUCGACAGAGUAUGGAGUUCUGGCAGUUCGCCAAUGACGAACAACCGUUUCCACGGAGGCCAUGCCAAAAAGCCACGAUAGAAUACAACAGUAUAUAUCACAAUGGAGGUCGUGGGGUCAAGGUCAUGUUCAAUGACGAAGUUGCUAUCCAGUGUAAUGCUAUUCAUGGUAACCGUGGUGAUGGCAUAUUUAUUGACCAGACUUCUGAUGUGUUAGUCCAGGACAACAGUAUCACUUGUAACUGUGGUAACGGGGUCGUGACCUCUAACAAUGGAAAGGUGUCCAUCCAAGGAAACGGAAUAUUUGACAACAGGGACCACGGAAUUUCAUGUCAAAACGAGGCCGACAUUUCAACCAAUGAUAUUGUUGGAAAUCAAAGAUGUGCUAUACUACUACAAAAGAAUGAAUCUGUCUCGGUUCAACAAAACCGCCUUCAGUCAUUGAGUGACAAGACAGUACAUGUUUCCAUGGUAACCAAGGGUUGUAUCCAAAACAACAAGAUAUUCAAAAGCUCUCACAAAGCCAUUGAAAUGGGUUCUGAAUGUAAAUGUACAGUGAAAGACAAUUGUGUUGUUGGCAAGGAAACCAAGGACAAAAAAAGCCAUGAAGUCUUGAUCAAUGGAGAUUCAGACAAAGAUUUCUGGAUGUUACAUGACCCUGGACCACGACCUCAUAUUGAAGCUCCCUCUCUCAUCAACUCACUGCCUGCCAACCAGGUUACCACGGUAACCAGGGUGAUGGUACCUUCAGCUGGCAACUGUGAGGAAGGAAGCAAACUGUGUGUGAUCCUGUAGCUGUAUGUAGUAGCUGGUGUCUACCAUCCUGUCAGUAUCAUUAACAUAACCUAAGAUAAAACUGUUUAUGAUUUACAUUUCAUAUAUAUACCUGAAGUUUCCCAGAGAUUCUGGCAUAAACUGAGGUUUUGUGGAAUUUGGCUGUCAAGUAUUGAUCUUUCCUGAGGUGAGGUGAUUCAUUGUGGUACUAUGAAGAUCGUUAAUAAUUUAAUUAAACAAAUAUUGAAGUCACAAUAAGCUAAACUUUCACCGAGGGCAAUUCAAGAGAAAUGCAUAGCAUAUCAUAGACAUAAAGAGUUUUGUGUUGAUAACAAAUGUUGAAUUCAAACAAAAAGGUAAACAAACCUCGUUAGUCAAAUGUCAUCCAUUGAAGUAAGGCAGUUACCAAUGAAAAUCGGAAAAUUCACUGUACUGUAUAUAACCCAACUUAUUUCCACAGCAAUGUAAUUUUGCAUUUUUAUAUCAAAGAACUUUUGGUGACAAUUUAAUUUCGCGAUUUACAGUCUAAAAAGGUCAACUGUAUCUGUAAUUUAAAUUAUUUCAUGGCGAUAAUUCUUUCAACUUCCAGCUGUCUGUGAAAUACACAAAACUUAAUUUCACAAGAAAGUAAGCUGGUUUACAGUAUAUUAGGCAGGUCUUGCUAGCUAGUGUCCACAGGGACCAGAAAUUUGUUACUAAUUACACAUAGGCAUAUUUGUAAAAUCACCAUUGAGUAAUCAUGUACAAGGAGUUGAAGCAAAUUUCACCUUUGACAUGAAUUAUCAAUAUCAAUAGGGAUUAUUUCUUUUCACACCGAAUUCCUGAAGUCCUCAGGUAAAAUAUUACACAGCGGUGCAAAAUGCAGUACACAUAUUCCUGUAAGUGAUAGAUAUGUUGAACGAGAUCAUAACAUUUUUUAGCUCAC